AUGGCUUUUAUAGCUGAUAGUGGUCGUGUGGACGGAUCUUGGACCUUAAAUAUAACUGUGACAGACCUACAAGUGGAAAAAUUAUUGCGAGUUAAAGGCGAUGAUCAUGUUGGUGGGGUGAUGCUAAGGCUUGUUGAAGCACUAGAUAUUGCUUUAGAUUGGUCAGAUCAUGCAUUAUGGUGGCCAGAACGGAAUAUGUGGUUGUCACGGACACGAUCCACUCUCGACCAAUACAGUGUUCAGGCAGACGCCAAGUUACAGUUCACACCGAUGCACAAAAAUCUUCGGAUACAGUUACCUGAUUUACAAGUUUUAGAUAUGAGAGUUGAUUUCUCUGCCAAAGUUUUCGCUUCUGUUGUUCAUCUAUGUAAAGAGCUGGGUAUCCGUCACCCAGAAGAAAUGUCGUUCCUCAGAAAGAUUGAUAAAGAUGAUUUAAAGAGGGUAGUAAAGGAGGCCACCAAAAAGAAGAAAAAAGAUCCUGAAGCUGCUGGAGCUUUAAGCUCUAAUGGACAACACCAUUCAUCAACUGGUAGUUUGGAUGGUUUGAGUCCUUUUCCUAGUAGGAUUCGAUCCUCUACUGGAAGUCCAUAUAAUCUAUCUGGAACUGGAACCAUGUCACAGUUUAACUCUUUUAACGGCACAAUUUCACCAGGCUCCAUGCACAGUUUAUCAUUUGAAGGCAUGAUGGAAUCCACUUUGGCUAUAAGUCCACCGGUACCAAGCAAAGAAGCCUUCCAAUAUAUUUAUAGACCCAAAAAUUUCAUAGAAAAGGCCAGAAUCAAUUGUGUCUGGUUAGAUUCUUCCAGAUCAUUAAUGGAACAAGGUAUCCGAGAAAACGACUUCAUCAUCUUCAAAUAUAAAUUCUAUAAUUUCUAUGAUUUAAAUCCCAAGUAUGAUGCUAUUAGAAUUAACCAAAUCUAUGAGCAAGCCAAAUGGUCAUUGAUGGCAGAGGAAAUUGAUUGUACAGAGGAAGAAAUGAUGAUGUUUGCUGCUUUACAGUUUCAAGUUCAGUUACAGUCAGGUCUUCCUCAGCCUGAUUUAGAUAUGUCAAAUAAUUUAAACCAUACAGAAGAUGAUGAUAUUGAUGCUGCUUUAAAAGAUCUACAAGAGUCACUGGAAGGCAAUUCUAUAUCAAAUUCAGGGGACAUAACUCACAUACCAGAAUUAGGAGACUAUGUGCGAUUUUUCAAACCUAAGAAAUUAACGUUAAAAAGUUACAAACGAUAUUGGGCAACAUUUAAAGACAACCAUAUAGCUUUAUACAGAAAUCGAGAAGACACCCAUUCUCAACCUCUCAUGAGGUUUUGUGUUCGAGGCUGUGAAACCACACCAGACGUCAAUCUAACUCAUAGAAAAUAUGGUAUUAAGAUGUUUAUACCUGAUGCUGAUGGAAUGACAGAAAUUAUUAUCAAAUUUGAUUCAGAAGAACAAUAUUGUCGAUGGAUGGCAGCCAGUAAACUGUCCAGUAAAGGUAAAACAAUGGCUGACAGUAGUUAUAGUGCUGAGGUUCAAGCCUUACAGACAUUUCUCAGUAUGCAGCACACAGCGCCGGCGCCAGCUAUCACCACCUCUAAUGUAGAUAUUCAAGCUGAGGACUUUGUAGCACCACGAUUUUACAAAAAAAUCAAAUCAAAAGCGAUUGUACAGAAGAUAAUGGAAGCCCACAAUAAUGUACGUGAGAUGAGUUUAAUGGAUGCUAAGUUAGCGUUUAUAAAAGCCUGGCAAUCUCUACCAGAAUAUGGUAUCACCUAUUUCGUUGUCAAAUUUAUUAACAGUAAGAAAGAAGAAUUAUUGGGUGUAGCUAGUAACAGAAUAAUUCGUAUGGAUUUAAAUACUGGAGAUUCGCACAAAACAUGGCGUUACAACACCUUACAAUCUUGGCACGUCAACUGGGAGGUAGAAAAUAUGAUUCUAGAAUUUGAAGAAGGUCGUGUAACAUUUGCGUGUCUGGGCGCUCCAUGUAAAGUUGUUCAUGAAUUUAUUGGAGGAUAUAUUUUCUUAUCUAUGAGAUCACAGGACAAGAAUCAAUCUCUGAAUGAGGAAAUGUUCCAUAAAUUAACGGGAGGCUGGUCCUGAGGAUUCGAUUAACCAAUCAGAUACUUUGUUGCAAGAUCAGUGCCUAAUAUGGAAUAUGUUGCCAUAGUGACUGUCCGUCAAGACAUUUUACUGCUGUUAAAGAGUAGACAUUUUGUUUUUGUAAAAUGUUGGUUUAUUUAAAGUAUCUAUUACUGGUUUUUAAUUUGGUUAAAAAUUUCUUUGUUAUUGCUGAUUGCAAAUGUUAAUAGAUCCUGUUACUUUAUUUAAAAACUAAAAAUCGGGAGAAAAAUUGUAAAAUAGAGUGUGGAGUAGAGUUAAGAAUAUUUCAACGGAAUAAUUUAGCGUCCAAGACUGGUUCAGUGUGGUAAAGUUACACACUGGAAUACAUAGCUAAAUUAUUGACAGAGUGGUAGUGCUUGGUAACAGAAGAGACAGAAGUGAUGGUGUGUUAAAGCGUAGAUCAUCCAGUGGAUAGUUUCAAUAGAUAUUCAGCUUCAACAUAACGUUUUUUUCUCGUUUAAACAUUUAAAAUUAUAUCUAUCUAUAUAUUUAAUUAUUAAUUUUUAUUGUUGCAUGAAAUAAUUUUUGACAUUCAUUUUGUAACAAAUCAUUUCCGUAGCAUUUUUGAUGUAGAGAAUUAUUUUGAAAGCAUUUAAUCCAGACAAAAUGACUAGUUGACAGAAUCUACGACAUCUAUUUCAAGGCUGGAAAAAGUGUAUCAGCCAUCUAUUUGACACUCUUCAAAUUUAAGUGAAAUCUUCCAAAGAUGCUUAUUUUCCAUCAAUUUGACAGAGGUAUGUAUAAUUGGAAGUGCUCAUUUGUAAUAUAAGGGGUGUUUUUUGCUAUCAAAUUUAAUCCAGCCUUGCUAUUAGCAGAGCUCUAUUCAAGCUGUGAUUGAGUUAAAUCUAUUUAUUUGUGCCAAGAUCAAUUCAAUCAUUUUAUGUCCUAGUUUAUGUUAUAGAUCUAGAAAUAAAAAAACUUGAAAUAAAUAUUAACAUUCGUUCAAUUUCAUUGAUCUCAAUUCAGUGAUGUCAUUCAUUUCAUCUUGUUCUUUUUAUUACCUUUACACUUCCCUGCGUUCAGUUGUCUGCUUUUAUGAAAUGUUUUUUUUGAAUAGUUUUGAAUUGAUUUCCAAAAACCUAAUGAUAUGACACAACAAGGUUCAAUUAGAAACUUUAGUUUACUGAACACAAUGCUAGCCAACUGUUAAUAUUAUUUAGAUAUGGUUUUCAAUUUAUUUUAAUCAAACCUUUAUUGACAUAUUACUGAAAAUCUUUCCUGUUUAGGUCAUGCAGCAGGUAAGAUGUUGACGUUGAGGUUAGGCUAUUUCAUUAAACUAACUUGACUGAUAGAGGGUUAACUAUAUUAUAAAACAUCUGUAUUAAUAUGAACCAAAUACUACCAAAGAUUUUUCUAUCUCUGUUUGCACACUAACAAAAAACUUGUAAAUAUACAUAGAAUGAUAUAUGUUUACUCUUUUGGUACUUUCGGCUUUCUACUGUUUUAUUUCAUAGUCAAACAAAGAUAUCAGUGCACAUCCGAGUAUGAUUCAAGACGGAUCAGUCCAUUUUAUUUGAGGUAGUAUGGUUAUGAUUACAACACAAAUCUGGUCUGGUUUUAAUAACAUUUUACCUGCCUAAAAAUAAAGUGCACUUUUUGUGUUUUGAAUUGUACUUAUGUGCUCAAAUAUCAUUGAUCAAUUAUAGUGCAUUGUAUUUGUAUCUCAUGAUUUUUACCUUCUACAGUACUAAUACCCAGAUAAACAGCUUUUAUGAGGUAACCUUAUGUAUUUUCAACGUAUAACCUUGAACAUUAUUAAAUAAAAUUUUGUACUGUACUGAAAUUAUACAAGUUACUCAUAAGAAAUCUAGAUAUAUAUAUAUAUAUGACAUACAGAAAGAGGCACAAUUAAAGAAACACAAGAUGAAGGGGUAUACCAUUUCUAAUUCAGAAAAUACAACAUUGUGUUAAUAAAUUUAGAAAUAUUAUGUCCACAUAUCUAGUGAUUCUUUAAAGGUUUGUUAUAAAAAUUUACCAAUAAAUUAAUGAAAUAAUGUAUGAUUAUGUACUUAUUGGAGAUAUUAUGAAAUAUAAAAUUUGAUAUUCUAGUUGCUGUUGAAGUGUUUAGAGAUAUUUAAUUAUUUGUUUUGUUCGCUAAUUAAUCAAUUAUAAAUAAUGUCUGACACCCUUCAAAUCAAAAUCAGUCAUAUGGGUCACAUUCUAUUACAUGAUGUCACAUGUUUGUCGUCCAGUUUUAUAUACAAGUUUCAAAGUUACCACAGAGUUGAAAUAGACAAAGCCAUAAAACGCUACGUAAGAUUACAACAGAGCAACAUUUUUAGAAAGCAAUUAAUACUAUCAAGGUUAGAUAAUUGUACACAGUACAUUAGACAAAACUAUAAAAAUACUCUCUUGUUGUACACAGCUAUUGAUUUGGUACAUUUAAAUUUGAAGCUUGUUUAAAACAAGUCGUAUAUGACUGAAUUUGUUUUGAAGAGCGAGACAUAUAUUAAUAAUGUAUGGUGCUGUAUCUAAUCUAUUGUUAAUAUUAUUAUUAUUAUUAUUAUUAUUCAGACAAUGUACAUAGAUUAUAUAUAUAGUUUGUACAGUGUAGGUAUUGAAUCAUGUACAGUUGUAGAGCAUGUACAGUUUUAGGGGUUCUGAGCCUUUUUUCUCAAAAUCUUGCUAUCCAAAUUUAUGUUCAUAGUGAAAAUUUACAUGUUAAGAGUUAGUUUUCAGAUAUAUUUUGAUUGUAAGGUGUUUUUGAGAAACAGUGGUUUGACACAUGCAUUGUUUUUUCUUUUACUUGGAAAGGAAAUUAUGUAAUAGCAUUUAAAAUCAACAUAUGAUUUGAUUAUGGAGCAGGUCAAGGAAUAUCAAUCCUUUGAUUUUAGGGAAAUAUACCAGUAUUUAUAAAUUUUCUUAAAAAUUAUGGACUGAAAUUGACAACAAUCAUGAUUAUGCGCAAACACUGAAAUAUUUAUUGGCUUUAAAAUAAUACAUAAUUCUGAUAUCCACAAUCAUUGAGUUUACAAUCUUGUUACUGUGUCAAUACUAGUUAGUUAUAUUGUGUAUAUUAAUAUAAUAAAAGUCAUCUUAUAUAUACCAGAUCUUGAAAUAUUUACUGAUUUUCUAUAAUUAUUCAGAUUUUUAAAUGGUCUUACGUCAAUAUACACCCUCAUUUUUAGAGUUAACUCUUCUAAUAUAAGCCUGUUAAAUGGAAGUUGUGCAUGUAUGGAAGAGUUAACUAAAGAGCAAAGGGUGUUAAGUAUAUAACUGGCUUGAAUUAAUAACAUUAAAUACCCCCUUUUUUCCCAGUGAACUGUUAACGCACCCUUCUUAAAGAAAAACAAGUGUAGAAGAGUUCAUUUAAAGAUAUAGGGGUAUCAAGUCAAUAAGUGGCUUACUAUUUUUAACUGGUUUAAAUUGUUAUCCAAUGAAAUGUCUUUAGAUAUAAUUAAAUAUAUAAUAACAAGUUUUAAGUGAAAUAUACCAGUUUUUUUUUGUAAAAAAUAUUCGUGUAAUUUAAGCUACAAUAAAAAAUUUUAUUUAUGAAUUU